CUCCAGGGCUGUUGACCAACUCCAAGGGCCAACUCCCAUCUACCACUCGCUCCAACAGUCAACGUUUCCGGGGCCAUCCAACCGCAAAUCCCUCGGUGUAUCCUUCGGUCUAGCUCCGUGCCUCGGAGAUCUCGCUGCAUCGCCAGGAUCCUUCGAUCGCUGCGCCUUCCUGUUCAUCCUCAUGGCCGCCCCAUCGCCAUCCCUGACGUCUCCGUCCCACAGCCCCAUCAUUUCUCUUCCUGGUCUGUCUCGGCAUGAUCACAAUGACGAGAACUCCGACAAUGUCAUCGAUGUUGCCCUGGCCCCCAAGCCCUUCAAGUCACAUCGGCUUCACCAUGGCCACCACCACCAUCAUCAUCACAAACAUCACACUCCCAGCACGAACAAGAAACAUAAGAAUCUCAAACAGAUCAUGGCUCUCGAGCGCAGCGACCGUCUCGAUAUACCCACAUACUGGAGCAUAGAAGCCGCUCCAUCCGUUCGACCCAAGAAAAAAUACUGCGACAUUACUGGUCUGGAGGCCCGCUAUACCGAUCCCCGAACCGGUCUUCGUUAUCACAAUGCCGACGUGUAUCAAUACAUCCAAACGCUGACACCGCAGCUCACCCAGAGUUAUCUGGCGCUGCGCAAUGCUGACGUUCCGCUUAUAUAGCCGCCGAGCCAAAGCCCUCCGGUUUAAGCAAGCUCAUUCGGGACGAACCCUUGUACUCAUUGUUUUGGUUGACGCACUUAUCGAUCAAUAUACAGUCCAUUCAGAAAGAAACAGGACAGCCACUUUCUGGCAUCAGAGGCCAGAAGUCUACUGACCUACUGCGGGUUGCGGUGAGCAAGCCGUGCGAUUGUUCCCGUCCUGGUUGGCAAUCUCUUUGUGUGAUGAAUGUACU